AUGGUCAGAAGGCUUGACGCCGUCUACGAGGGUCUGAAAGUGGGCUACCGGCUGUUCAAUUAUUAUGGCAACGAAAAGGGGUGCAGCGCUGGACUGAAGCGCGACAUCGACGAGGGCAUCGUGAAGCGCGAAAAGUUCCACCCGUACAAUGUGCAACUCCGGCUAGUUGAGUACGCGCAUUCGUUGGGAAUCGCCGUGACGGUUUACUCCUCGUUCGGUCCACUUGGCUUCCACGAGCUUAACAUGAAGAAGGCACUCAACAUGCAACCUCUGUUCAUGCACCCGCCGAUCACCACGCUCGUCGCUUCGCACGCGUGCAUGCCCUCACAGAUUGUGCUCCACUGGGCCACACAGCGCAGCAUCGCGGUGAUUCCCAAGUCCGAUACCGUCCGUAUGAUGCGGGAUAACAUGUGCAACGUCGAAGUACACCUCAGCGAGGAGGAGAUGCAGGAGAUCGGCGAGCAUGAUAGAGGUUUGCGGUUCAACGAGCCAGCUGAUCAGACUUGGUACAAGAUUACCCACCUCGUUCGAUCUCCGUGA